CGUGCAGUGCGGACGUGCCUAAGUUUUCUUGAAUUUAGUGAGUGCUUAAUUAUACCACGUGUUACUACAUCCUACUACUGCCUUUCAAGUGAGGAAAGUAUCAUAUUUUAGCACCUGUUAAAAUCAAGAAAAUCCACGCAUUAAAAUGGAGAACAACAAACUCAGCCAGACCGGAGAAAUUAUGUCUGAGGAGAUUGAGAAGAAGCAAGAGACUCCAUUGAAGCCAGACGAGAUGCCCUCUGGUGCCGCUAAAAAGAAGGAGUCAAGGAAAAUGAGCUUCGCUCACCACCGUGGUCAGUCACCAAUUAAGACCAAGAGGGCCAAGAAGGAUGAGUCAAUCGAGACAGGCAAGGCCGGCAAGGCAGGUAAAUCUACUCCACCUACCGAAGACAAAGGUGUUAAACCCAAGGUUUAUCUGGAGGAAGAGUCCUCAAAACUCAAUCUAAAAAAACUAGAUGUGGCCGUAGUAGAAGAAAUUUUUGAGGAGCCAAAUGGAGACAAUCAGGAAGUCGCGUCCCCGAAUAACUCUACCGAAGCUGGAGAAAUUUCUGCUAACAACGAAGCUGGAGUAAUUUCUGCUAAUAACGAAGCUGGAGAAAUUUCGUCUAAUGCCGAAGCUGGGGAAAUUUCUUCUAAUGCCGAAGCUGAGGAGAUUUCUUCUAAUGCCGAAGCUGGGGAAAUUCUGGAGGAGAACACUAAGGACACCGAGUUGACUCUGGCCGAGGCAAAAGCAGAACCUGAGGGUGAAGAGGAUAACACCAAAGAGGCCAAAGAUGAUGACAAUUCCGUUUAAGGACCCUAUGUUUAUGUAGUUUGACGCACAAUUACUCGAGUAAACACUGGAGGCUUUGCAUCAAUAACUAUAAAUAUAUAUUUAUAUUGUUUAUGCUAUAGGAAUCCAAAUAAAUUGUGCCUUAACUUUCGAA